AUGUUUUCCCCCAAAUCUUUGGCUGCGGCCACCGCUGCGUUCGCUCUGUUUAGUUCUUCGACGGCCGAUUAUAAUCCAGCUGGGAAAGGUAACACUGCAGUGUAUUGGGGUGCCGGCGGUUCGCAAAAGGCUCUUACUUCCUACUGCUAUGACCAGUCGAUUGAUAUAAUCCCUGUCGCCUUCAUCAACUCUUUCCCGGCACAGGCAAAUGGGCUGUUUGGAGUGGGGAUGGCCUCCAACACCGUUAAUGCCUCUCCAAAAUACGCCGGCCCGGGCUAUGCGGGGAACCCCCCCAACCCAAACAACGAUGAGAUGUGGACGGAUUGUUCGCCAAUCGCAAGCGCUCUUUAUGAAUGCCAACAGAAUACCAAGACUAAAUUCCUUCUUUCCCUCGGAGGAGCUGUUGGGAAUUAUAACUUGAACAACGCAAGUGAUGGUGUAUAUCUCGCAAACCUCCUCUGGGGUGCCUUUGGGCCAUACAAUGCAGCCUGGGUUGCCAGUGGAGGUAUUCGACCUUUCGACGUUAGUUCGACGAAGACAAUCGAAUUCGAUGGGUUUGACUUUGAUAUCGAGACACAACCAACAGACAAUCAAGCUGGAUAUAUCGCUGCUAUCAACCAACUACGUAUCUUGUUCGCAGAACACAACAAGGCUACCGGCUGCAACAAGCAAUAUCUCAUCACAGGUGCUCCUCAAUGCCCAUUACCAGAUGCCCAGAUGUCUGAUAUGAUCAAUGGAGCGCAGUUCGAUAUCGUCUGGCCUCAAUUUUAUAACAACCCUUCAUGCAGUGCUCGUAACUGGGUCACCAACCCCGGCAAGUCUGGCUUCAACUUCAAUCAGUGGCAAACAAGUCUUGCAACAGGCGCAAGCAAGGACGCACAGCUCUACAUUGGCCUGCUCGGUGGACCUCAAGGCACUUCAGCCACUUACUCUACGGACUACCUUAACCCAACAGAAGCGAAGAGCUUGAUCGGCGCUUACGCUGGGCAAUCUAAAUUCGGAGGAGUUAUGCUUUGGGAUGCG